AUGGCUGCAGCAGAGGUGGCGGAAGUCAGCGUGGGGGCUCUACCGGACGAUGGGGAGGACCGGCGGGAGAUAGGGCACCUGGCGGUGUGGAGUGUCAGCUCCGCCAAACCCGGCAAUGGCGUCGAGCUUCUGCGGGACGGCAAGGCGGACACGUUCUGGCAGUCCGAUGGAUCACAACCACACUUGGUGAACAUCCAGUUUCAAAAGAAGGUUCGGUUGCAGCACGUGUCACUGCACGUGGAUUUCAAGUUAGACGAGAGUUACACGCCCAACAAGGUGUCCAUUCGAGCCGGCAACUCCUUCCACGACGUCAAGGUGGGCGGGGGGCAUGGCAGGCAUCGCUGCUUACAUGUUGUCAUGCUCACAUGUGCUCCGAGCAGCAAUGGCACGGAGUACCUGCGAGCCUUCUACCUGCAGCUGGCAGUGAUCUCCAACCACCAGAACGGCCGUGACACGCACAUCAGACAGAUCAACAUCUACGGCCCCCGCCAGUGA